UUUAUAAGUAAAACAUGGUGCGCGCACAUAUACAGUAUUUUAACACAUUUGUUGUAUGUACAUUGGAUACACCAUCGCGCGAUAUCAGAAUCUGAGUAUCCGAGGACAGGACAGAGAGUCGACGAGAGACGAGGACGACGACGUGUUCCUCUCACUCCAAUGCCCGUCACAUUAUACUAUUAUAGCUGCUGGUGCUGAAAGAACCUUCCUCGGCGAGGAAUCCUCGCGGGUUGCGUCGAACUCGAACACUGAUCUCAUUCACCUAUCUAUAUCUACUGUUUUAUUGCUGACUUAAUUACUGCUGUUGUACAGAUUGCUCUUUUUUAUUCUAUACCUUCAAAUUAAAGUUAAAUACAUCAUCAGAGAAAGAGAGAGAGAGAGAGAGAGAGAGAGAGAGCUAUAUAUACAGAUAUAUAAAAAGUGUGUGUCUAGUGUGUUUGGUUUGUGGGUCCGAUUCUCUCCGAUACUUACUUAGUCCCUCGCGCUCGCUCGCUCUUUCUCCCCCAAAGAAGACUGAUUCAUCGUCAAGUAGCAGUGUGUCAUAUAGUUCUAAGAGCUCCCCGGGAGCUCAGAGAGAGGUCGAUACAUACGCGGGGCAUCGGCAACAGGAAUAACAAGUGUACAGAGAACUCGGUUGGGCUCGUUAAUACACGUCAAAGAAAGAGCCUGCUCUUGACUUUCUCGAAACUGGAGGUGGAAAAACUCUCGAACGUGUGUGUUAAUAUCAUAGAAGAGCAGCAGCCAAGGUAAAAGAGCGAGAGGGACAAAGACAGUGUAUUUAUACACAAGCACAGCGGUCACGAGGAAUGUCGACCCCCGCGAGGAGACGACUCAUGCGAGACUUCAAGAGGUUACAGGAGGACCCGCCAACUGGAGUUUCUGGAGCACCUACGGACAAUAAUAUUAUGAUAUGGAACGCUGUUAUAUUUGGACCACAUGACACCCCGUUUGAAGACGGGACCUUCAAACUCACAAUAGAAUUCACAGAAGAAUAUCCCAACAAACCACCAACAGUAAGAUUUGUCAGUAAAAUGUUUCAUCCAAAUGUUUAUGCAGAUGGUGGAAUUUGUCUAGACAUUUUACAAAAUCGUUGGAGUCCCACAUAUGAUGUAUCAGCAAUCCUAACAUCCAUACAGGGAUCGCUGUUAAGUGACCCGAACCCAAAUUCGCCUGCCAAUUCGAUGGCGGCACAACUGUACAAAGAGAACCGGCGCGAGUACGAGAAACGAGUGAAGGCUUGUGUGGAGCAGAGUUUCGUGGAUUAGUUGGCGGCAAGAGCUCGCCGCUGUCGCAGCAGCAACUUAAGGUUUUGUCAGUAUACCGUACCCUUAACGGCAGCCGACUACAGCUACAGCGAUACAGCAGCAGUCGCCACAAGGCGUGUCGAGGACGAGAGAGGAGAGCUUACGUGCCACCCCGUGAAUUGGAGCUAACGCCUUUUGCGCUUUAGUUUUAUAAAUACAUAAUGAAAAAGCAUGUCAACUCCCCGCGUCUCUGAUUCGAUUACACAUCAAACUCGUACACACAUACGUUAUAAAAAAGAAAAAAAAAUCAACAUUAUACUCUCCAUCUCUCUCUUGUACACAUCUGUGAACAUGCAUUCAACAACACUAUCCACACUUAGGGUAGUCCUCCUUGUUGAUAGUUAACGUCAAUAAAAUUUUUAUUUUAUUUUUUUUAAUUAUUAAUUUUUAACAAAUUUUUGUUUUGGUCCUACACGCGUGUGAAAUUAUUGUAAUUUGUAUCAAACUCGAGUAUAUCACUUUUUUUCCAAUGUCGAAAAAAUGAAUUUUUAUUGUUUUGAAAAUUUUGUACUUUACAGUUAAUAAAAUAUGUUCUAUUGUUAUUAAAAACUUUAAAUAUUGAUUUAUUGAAUUUCUGACAUCUUUUAUUGGCAUAUUAACGAUUCCUUAAAUGUUUCAUAGGAUAAAUAAUUUUUAUGUAUCAAAUCAUCAAAAUUACUUUAAUUUUUUCACAACUCUUUGUAACUAUAAUUAUUUAAAUGUCUUGAAAUAUUAGACUUGAUGCAAAAAUUAUAAGAUUCACACCUUUGUUGUUCUUACAAAUACAAAAGUGAGUAAACACGCGAUUCCGGACUAUCCCAAAA